CCGCGAGACAACAAUUCUUGCGAGGACCAUGCGACCCUGAUGGAUUUGCAAUUGUACUACAGCUGUGCGCUGGAAAGCCGUGCGUCUCAGUUUGACUUUGGGUCAGAGGAGCACACCCAGCUGCUGAAGAAGCUCUUUGAUUUUUUGGAGAAGAUGAAAGGCGUUUGGUGGAGAGGAAGCGACAAGGCUGCAAUUGAUAGUCGCUAUGCGGAGUUACUCGCAAACAUUUUUCAUUCGUUCCGCGAGCAAUUGCGUCUGGGGCGCUGCGGCAACAGCGGAGAACAAGGCUUCGAUCCCAGCAGAGACAACCAUAAUUACUCGGAUACCCACUCCGGCAUGACUGCGAGGUCGCAGAGAGGCACAUUUGUGUUUUUCACAUUUCUGCUCGACUAUUUUUCCACGCGGGACGAGGUAAGCCGCGGACGCGCGUUUCGGCUCUUGGCUGCUGUGUUUGCUGUUGAGCUUGUUGCACUGGCACAACAAGGGGGAUACACACCGGCGAGAUAUUACCUAAGAAGGGUCUCGGUCCACGGCUUUUGUACUUACGAGGAUUUGCUGCAAGAGGAAACUAGCACGCCGGUGCCGCGGGUCAAGGAGCUUUAUCGAAUCGUGAAGAAUUUUCACGACGUCUGCAACUUGGUGCCCGACGACAGGUGGGACGAAAUUGCGGAGAAACUCAGAACGGAAAUCGGGGGCAUGAGGCGAUGUGGGUGUGGUGCCCCUUCUCACGGCUUCGUUACACAGUGUGGAAAGGCGAUCGUAACCCCGGAAAACACUCGAACUUCCUUCAUUUUUGAGAGAACGCAACUCACGUGGUUGUGCAGCUUCUUCGCGAGAUAUCUCCAGCACCAUCCCAUAGUGGUCGGGUCGGGCGCUACUGCGGGACCCGGCACAGCGAAGAAAAAGAAUCGGAGUACAGGACGCGACGACGGUGAUGCAGGAUUCUUGGCGGACUCCCUGUGCCCCCACGGGAGGUGUUCGCGCCUGGGAGCUGCGGUUGUCAAAAGAGUUCUCAAUCACGCCUUCGGACUGGAGACAAACAAGACGUUCAAAGCUGCGGACGUGUUAGGACGAACCCUUAGCGCUCACAUGGAUUUGCUAUAUCCGCUACCGCUACUGAGAGAAAUGGAGCGUCCGGGUGAUGAACACAGGGAGUUUAUUGAUUUCUACCCUCAUACCAACCCGUUGCGGCAGCCGCUACUAGGGAUUCUGGACGGGGCAUUUUCGAUUCUGUACAUGUACCGUUAUCAUGCUGUUGGGCGAAAGGCAAUGGCGGGACGACACGGUCUGCGGCUUUGUCCUGUCAUGCUCCCCCCGGCACUCAAAGAGCAGCCGGCACUGACUUCGAAGGUCAGCACCAGGAACACUACCGGUAAGCAAGCGGACGUUUACCGGUCGUGGCGAUGCCGUGUCUACGAGUGUGUGUACAUGCAGAUGCUCCAGUAUGCGUACGAUCUGACGUCAAAACGGAGCCACUUCAUCGAGCCUGUCCGUAAUGACGUAACCAAACGGAUGGAGAUGCCUGGCGUUUUUGGGCCUGACGGAAAAAAGCAUCAACAUUUCCGCUACGGCGCUGUUGCUAUGCUUUACAACUUUUGCGUUCCUGCUUGCCUGAUUGCAAAUGCUUCCUUCGACGCGGAAGAACCAGGGGAAAGUACUUCCGCGGACACAGUCUGGUGGGGUGAUGACGCAAGCGCCAGUGCGAUGCCGACUACUAGUACUUUGCGUCACCGACUUGCUAUGUUCCUUGUGUCGUGGAAAAUGCAAGGCCUACUGCAUUCAACCGUCAACGACAAACCUUGGCUCGACUGGCUCGACGGGAUUCUGUAUUACGAGAUUGGGGAUGGAAGUGCCGAGGUUGACGACAGUGACGAGGAAGAAGAGGACGACAAAUAUUCGCUGAAAGAGUGUGAUCUAUUUGGCUGUGGUGUGGAGGCGUACAGAACGCUCCGAGCACUUACACAAGGCAAAGAUGUAUUGACUCUUCUCGCGGAUUGGGACGGACACAUUUGGCCGGGAGAGCUGCGAGACGCGGUUGCGCCAGUUGUGCUUGGUCACUUUUGCAGCGAUACUCACAGGCUGCAGCAAACCGGUGCUGAGAGCGAUGAUGACGAAAACGACUUGUAUGUUGCAGAGAACAAAUGUAAACCUACCACAACCUCCACUACGGGCAAAAUGGACCAGGAGCCGGAAAGAACACAAGCAAAUCCAGGAGCGCGAUCUAUCGCAAGGAAGAUACCUGCCAUGGAAUCCCGCAUCAAGAGGGAUUACAGUGAGCUGAAGCUGUCGAAGCAGCGUCGUCGGGACCAAGCCCUGGUGACUGUCGUACUAAGGGCGAUCGAGCAUUUUUCCCCCGAUGAGCUGAAAGCAAUGUUUAUGCCACGACAGAGAAGAGGCCGCGACGACGUGAAUUCCUACGCUCACAAGUUUCGAGAGUUGUUGGCCCUGCUCAACCGCAAAGAAUGUACUCAGUAUGAGAGGUUGCGAGACUUUUUUAGCAUAUGGCGAGAUUCGGAACCAGCAGCAAUCGACAUGCUGACGCAAAUGGAAGGUCGGUGUCGGCCUUAUGAUUUGGUGCGCAGGGCAAGAGUUGCAGUUGGUGCUGGUCAUGAUGAAAGAGACGUAGAGAGUCGUGUGACGGCAGCGGCAGAUGAUGAAAUGCGCCUACGUCCUUGUCCAACUCAGGCGGAGGGAAAAGAAGAAACAAACCAGGAACUACACCAGCUUGCCGUAGAGCGCUGCAAUCUAAGCGACCGCGAAGGAAAGAGGUGCGACAUGCUGGAGAAUAAACAAUGGAGGGGUAGUUUGACGGAGCCGCCGCCACAAGACCAAGAAAUUCUCGCGAGACAAAGUGAAUGUGGAAAAGUCAUAACGAAACCGCCACCCGUUUACUUUUACAUGACGGCCGUUAUGGGCCUCGAAAAUCUCUAUGAAGCGUUGUGGGGAAUGUGGCACCUGUUUUUUCAAAAAACCGAAAAGGAGACUGUGGAAGCUUUGAAAUUCAUCGCCGCAAAGCUCGAAGUCGUUAUUCCAAAGUUAGACUAGAAUCUUUGCUGUGGCUGCGCGGUAUUGAUUGAUGUUUUGUUACCGCAGAGUUGCCCAAGCCCAAGAAGUCAAAGCAUCCAUAGUAUAGAUUUGCCGAGCUAUAAUUGCAGCUCGAUGAAAUUGAAUAUAAGGUGAGAAUAAUUUCUCGCUCUCCGAC